CGCGUCACGCAGCCACUCCCGCAUUCUGUUCCUGUGGGACCGGUCGCUAGAGAAAAUAGGAGGAUGCGGUGGUCAAGCCCGCAGUGGUAGCGGUAAUAUCGCCGCUUCUUUGGUUCCGGUGACCCUGUGCUUCCUUCCACAUAUGCAGCAGCUGUGAGAUACCCUUAGGAAGGGGAGCCGGGCAAUAUGGGCAACACCGUGACUUGUUGCGUGUCCCCGGACGCCAGCCCGAAGUCCGGCCGGGAUCGAGGGGUGGUAGAGCGCGAUGAUCCCUGUCAAAUAGAAGUGGAGCUCAGAGAGGCGGACCCUGGAUCGCACUUGCAGCAUAUCAGCGAUCGCGAGUUGCCAGAUGACUUAGCCCCUGAAUCAAAUCCAUCUGACCACGCUCGAGCAAGCACAAUAUUCCUCAGCAAGUCUCAGACAGACGUAAGAGAAAAGAGGAAGAGUAACCACAUAAAUCAUGUAUCUCCUGGGCAGCUUACAAAGAAAUAUAGCUCGUGUUCCACAAUAUUUCUAGAUGACAGCACAGUCAGUCAGCCUAACCUCAGAAGCACAAUUAAAUGUGUUACCCUAGCAAUAUAUUACCACAUAAAGAACAGAGACUCUAACAGAUCCUUGGAUAUAUUUGAUGAAAAAUUACAUCCAUUAACACGAGAAGAGGUGACAGACGAGUAUUGUAAACAUGAUCCAGAUCAUAAGCACAUCUACCGAUUUGUGCGGACUCUCUUUAGUGCAGCCCAGCUGACUGCUGAGUGCGCAAUCGUCACUUUAGUUUACCUGGAGAGGCUUCUAACAUACGCAGAAAUUGAUAUUUGUCCCAGUAACUGGAAGAGAAUUGUUUUAGGGGCCAUUCUGCUUGCUUCUAAGGUUUGGGAUGACCAAGCUGUGUGGAAUGUUGACUAUUGCCAGAUCCUGAAGGAUAUAACAGUUGAAGACAUGAAUGAAAUGGAAAGACACUUCCUUGAGCUGCUUCAAUUCAACAUUAAUGUUCCUGCCAGUGUUUAUGCCAAAUACUAUUUUGACCUUCGCUCCCUAGCAGAUGAUAAUAACCUUAGUUUUCUUUUGGAACCCCUAAGUAAUGAAAGGGCACAGAAACUGGAGGCUAUCUCCAGGUUGUGUGAGGACAAAUACAAAGACCUUUCUAAGGCUGCCAUGAGAAGGUCUAUCAGUGCUGAUAACCUUGUGGGCAUUCGGCGUUCACAUGCCAUCAUCUCUUGAGGCAGGACAACCAGGAGCCAAGCGCAGCUACAAAACAGGUGUGACACACAAGCACCAUCAGACUUCCCACAUGCUCUCCUACACUAUCCCAAGCUGGCAGUGAGGCUCUGCUGUCUUCCAGCGAGAGGGCUGUGGGGGGUCAAGAGGUGCACAGGAGGUGAAAGCAAGGAAUCCAGCAAGCCCUUCAAGAAAGAGGAGGAACAGAGGAGGACCUGCUGAGAGGAGCGCACUCUCCUUCCUUGGCAUAAGAAGUGGUGCAUCAGCGGUUACCAUUUCUCUCUGCCAUCCUUCUCCCACCUCCAUUUGUUUGCUUACUAUGUAGGCCUAUAGCUGUGAACUCAGACUUUUUAACACUAUGUAGAUUUCAAUUUUAGAUCUGAAACACUAAUCGUGUGUGCAGUUAUAAAUCUUCCUUUCUUCCUCCCCACCCUCUUUUUCUAUUUAAGUUGUUCUGCAUAUCUCUGUAAAUGUUAAUGUAAACCUUUCAUGUUGGAGCAAAUGAAGAAGCAUUAAAGGGGAUGAGGCAGAAGAAAGGCCUCAGAAAGCCGGGGCUUUAGAUUUAGAAUUCUUUUGAAUUUGUGUCAUUUAUUUGAAUGCUAUACUACUUGGUGCAAUUUUUCAUUGUAGCCUGCCAGAGAAACAGCCAAGAAAUAGUUGUGUGGAAAGGCAGGCGGCUGUGCAUGGAAAAUUGUUUUUUGACACCAUUUGAAAGCAACGGUUUGAAUUUCUCAUCAAUAAUGGUGCUCCCCCUUAAAAUAUGCAUCUUUAAGAUACGAAGACCCUGCUAGCUAAAAAUUACAAUUUAUUACUGUUCUAUAGAGCUGUGCAGCCAGGGAAAGCUAUGCAAAGUUGGCUGUUAUGUAGUUUGCUCAGAUACUGCUCUUUCAAGUUUUUAUUUUUUGGUGAAUUCAUAUGAUUUUUACCUACUCCCAUUGCAUGUAUUAUGGUAACUCAUACAUUUAUGUACAUGCAAUUAAAUUCAUAUAACUUCCUAUUUUAAUGUUCUUUACAGAUGUGGCACAAUAAUCUGUUCUUGGCUAUAAAUCUAGGUUUGUAGCUUUUUGGCUUGAAUCAAUAAUGCAAGCAAAUCCCAUUUUGGUGCAUUUAGAAGGUUUGCAUCUGGUGCUACAUCUGUAAUAUUAUCUUUAUUAUUUUUACUAAUUGAACUGUUUGGUAUCACAAUUGUGUAGAUUUUAAUCCCCACUCCAUCAAUAUGUUUAUUGGGAAAAAAAACAGUACUGCUCUGAUUUUAUUUAAUACUCCAAUAUGAAGGUUUAACAUUUGGAUUAAACUGUUCUUAGAGUCUCUGACGCAGCUUAUGUGACCAGACCCUGCACUUAAAGGGAUGUUAAAUUCUAGACCUGUACAUAUAAAAAAUAUUUCGUAUGGCGAAACCAGUUUGUGGGAUAGACUGCUGACUAGAUGAUAAGCAAAAAAGUACCCUCAAAAAUAUUAACAAAUAAGUUUUUUCUUGUUGUUGGGGUUUUUUUUUUCUUUUCAUGUAAGGUAAAUGUCUAGAUUUAGGUGGCAACGAAGAAAGGAUUGUUUUAAUGCCCCUUUAAGUAAGCUGUGUAUUUUGUUGUAUGAAAAUAAAUAUAACCAGAUAGAAAAUGUGUAUUUUUUUUAAUCUCAGAGCCUGUGUGAUAUCUUCAGCACAUAAACACUCGAUGAGUGCAUCUCAGACAGUGUGCUCUGCUCAGGUUAGAAUGUCUCAGAACCGCAAGCUUGUCUGAGGAUAAAUGGCUGUGAUCUACAUUAAACAAUGUGUAUCUGUUAGAAGAUAAGCCACCAAUUGUUGGUUGCACAGUGUAUAAUUUUGGAGCACUGGUUCAUAUCCAAGUUUUCAUAUUAACAAAAUAGCAGAAAAUGAAAACUUCCCUGAUCAUUUCUCAACAAAAAGUAUUCCUUGCUUGUUUGUUUCUCCCACUGUUUAAAGAUGCAAAUCUCAUGAUUAAAUUUAUUGGUGUGUUUUUUUUUUUUAUAACCAGUAAACACAUUUUAUUUGUUGUGUGCACCCAUGUUCCUUGAACACACUGUUCCUUCAUUCAUAUUUAUUCAGUAACUGUAUGCUCCACAGCAGCCCACUGCAGAAAAUGACUGCCUGAAAUUGAGAUUGAAAACAUGCAGAUUGCAUCAGUCAACUAGAUUGUAAAUCGCUUGUAGGAAAACGACAAAUGUUUCCAAUGUCUUUUAAAUCCACGAAUGAUUGGAGAGUCCUGUUAUUUAUGUAUUAUUAUGAUACAGAUUACUUGGAAUGCUACUCUGAUUUAUUUAAUGUUUUUCACCAUUAUGACUACAUUAUUGUUAUAUUUUGUAAUACAGCACAAGCCAAUUUUUCUUCAAUGCUUUUUGUUUAAAUUUACACCUGAAACUAGCUGGUUACCGCUUGUUAAUAAAACAGUUCCCAAAUUGAAAAAAAAUAAAAUCUUAUGAGUAGUAUAAUUCAAUAAUGAUAUGUUUUCCUCUGAUACUUACACAUCCAAUUAACCAAACAGAAUAUUAAUCUAAAAUACCUGCAUUAACCUCUUUGCUGCUAAAAGUGUAUAGUUUCAAGUUUGUACUGAACUUCCAUCACUACAGUAUAAUAAUGCGGUUAGUUUCAGCUUUAAAUGUUUGCAUCUUUUCUGGACAUGUUAUAUUUGUGGUUCUCAGACAUGAUAGAUCUAUAUGUAGUUAACUUUUGCUAGUCAAACGUAGAAUUGCCUGCAGUCUACACAAAUUAGCUCUAUAUAUUUUAAGAGCAGUACCAUUGAUAUAUUGGUCACCUGAUUAAAGGACAUGGAAUUCAAAAUAAAAUGCUCAUGAAUAAGAGAAUACAAUUGGGCAGGGGUGUGACUAUACGUAUAACAUUGUUUCAAACAGAAUGCACUAAUAUCCUCUGAUGAAAGUUUAAAGGGACAUGAAUGCCAUUUUUUUCUUUCUUUCAUGAUGCAUAUAGUGCAUGCAGUUUUAAACAACUUUCUAAUUUUACUUUAAUUUGUUUUGUUCUCUUGGUAUUCUUUGCUGAAAAGCAUAGCCUCAGGAGCUGCUGAUUGGUGGCUGCACAUAAAUGCAUCGUGUUAGCUCAUCCAUGUGCGUUGCUUCAUUCUCUUCAUAUCCUUUGUUGAUAAUAGAAGUAAAUUAGAAAGUUAUAUAAAAUUGUAUUCUUAAUCAUGAAAGAAAAAUGUUGUGCUUCAUGUCCCUUUAACUCAAUCUUUUGGAAAUGCAUUUACAUGUACACAGGCUGGAUAGUUGGGUAAUAAGAGACUGUGCCUGAAAAGUGCCUGUCCUGUAAUUGUGUUGGGAAAAUAUGAACAAAGAAUGUCUAAAACUAUGUCCAUUAGCUGCCCCCAAACACAGGGGUAUAUAAAAUCUCUAAUUUAAAGAAAUACAAACUCCAUGACAUUUCGACCAUGUAAAAACCUCAUUAGCAUGCACUUUUAUUAAAUGUGAGCAUUAUUGACCAACUACUGAUAGUCACUGGGGCUAGCUUUGAGAUAUUUUUUGUAGAUAUUAGAAGCAUAAACCUCGGCCAACAAGCAAUGUGUUGAAUUUUACCAACAACAAUGUCAACAUUUCAGAAUAAGAUGAUCUUUAAGAGCGCCAAGUUCUUACUGGUUUUUAGUUACUAUUAGUUUACUGUUUUACAGUGUCCUGAGUUACUAUUUCUUUAAAUACUCACACACAAUUCAGUGUGUUUGCUCCAUAGUUGGAUUUAAAUUUGUUAUAUAGAGAUGCACUGAUGUGUGUGAUUUCCCAAGCAGCUAAUUGGUUAUCUGAAGCUUUAUUCUAAAACCAAUGUUAAAUCUUCAGGAGGUUUUGCUUUCUCAUGUUUAUAUUAAAAACUAAUAAAAACUAUAUUUUAAUUAAA